AUUUAAUUAAACUUACUAUAAAUACGUUAGGGUUUCCUGCUUUCUCUCUUCUCUCCGCUUGAACCCUGGAAAGAAGCCCUAGUUCCCGCCCCUACUCGUCGGACUUCUCGAAGUCGCCUCUGCAAUUGCCUAACAAUGGUUCGCGUGAGUGUUCUGAAUGAUGCUCUUAAAAGCAUGUAUAAUGCUGAGAAACGUGGGAAGCGCCAGGUCAUGAUAAGGCCAUCUUCUAAAGUUAUCAUCAAGUUUCUUAAUGUCAUGCAAAAGCAUGGAUACAUUGGUGAGUUUGAGUACGUUGACGAUCAUAGGUCAGGGAAAAUUGUUGUUGAACUGAAUGGGAGACUCAACAAAUGUGGUGUCAUCAGUCCUCGUUUUGAUAUUGGUGUCAAGGAGAUUGAAGGUUGGACUGCACGGUUGCUUCCCUCGAGACAGUUUGGUUUCAUUGUGUUGACAACUUCUGCGGGAAUCAUGGACCACGAAGAGGCCCGAAGAAAGAACGUUGGUGGUAAAGUGCUUGGUUUCUUCUACUAAGCAAUAUUGUGAGAUUGAUUUUUCUUUUUUUUUUUCGGUAUUUUCAGCACUUUUUGAACUUUAGUGGGAAGCAGUAGUGAGUCCUGUUUUGUUUUAUUUGUGCCGUUUUGGUUGGGAGGAUACAGGAUACCACCUGCAUUCUUUUUGAAGACCUUGAUAUUGUUUAAUGAGCCUUUUCUUUUAAUCUUCUGGGUUGUUUUUGGUUUGCCCCUUAAACUGAAAUUGUUGUAGUAGUUGUCUAGCUCCGGAAUUGAUUGCAGUUUUCCUGGACCGCAAUGAUCUUCUUCAACCCAUGAAUUUGUAUGUUGUACAACUUGUUUA